GCUAGCACGAACAGAAAUUAAGAAAAGAAGAAGGCCGAGGUUGGGACUAAAGAUCUUUCUUUUCCUCUCUAAAACAACAAAUUGCUUUUUUUUUUCUUUGUAUACUAGUUGCUAGCCGUUCGAACUUGGCCAUAGAAGGGUUUCCUUCAUUUUACGUCCCUUCUUUGUUUCAUUUGUAACACUCAUUUGAAGAAAAUCAACUUUUGUGUCUUUCUUUACAUUGCUUCUCCUUUCUUCAUACUCUGUAUUUGCUGGUAGACCUAAAAUUGGGAUCGUUCUUGUUAUUUCUUGUUUUUCUAUUUAUAUCUCAUCUUUAUUUAUCAGAAAUAGGAAUUCAGAUAACUUUGACUGUUGGUUUUUUCCGUGUUUUCUUUUCUUUUUCUUUUCUAUUACUUUUAUUUUUGAACUGCUUUCUUUUUCCUUUCCUUUCUUGGUUUAAUAUGGUUGUCUUGUCAUCCAUGAACGAGCCUUUGGAAUUCGUCAAUCAAAAUGCUACAUCAGUAGAUAACCUAAUGCAAAAUGCAAACACGGCACCACCUUCAAGUGAUGACUAUCCUCAUGCCCCAAUCUAUUCUUACGAGGUAGAUGGAAAUGAAGCUUGGGCAGGCUCUCUCCCUAAAGCACAGGCCCUUUAUGACCCUGCUUAUGAGAAAGACUCAUGUGGUGUAGGCUUCGUGUGUCAUGUUAAAGGCCAAGGUAAUCAUAAAAUUGUCACCGAUGCUCGUUUGUUGUUGUGCAAUAUGACCCAUCGUGGUGCAACCGGUGCUGAUACCCGUGAUGGUGAUGGUGCUGGUGUCAUGACUUCUAUGCCAUAUGCCUUUAUGCAAAAAGAAUUUAAACAAAUUCUUGGCUAUGACCUUCCCCAACCCGGUCAAUACGCUACCGGUAACGUAUUUUUUUCUCCUGAGCCCGAGGUAUGCCAAGAGGGUAUUGACUCGUUCACCAAUGUUGCCAACGCUCUUGAACUUGAAGUCCUUGGCUGGCGUUCCGUUCCUUGCGAUAAUAGUAUCCUUGGUCCUGCUGCUCUUUCCCGUGAACCUACGAUUUUGCAGCCCAUAAUUGUUCACAAGCCUGUGUACGAAGGCCUUUCAGAGUUUGAUGAAAACCUCUUUGAAAAACAACUCUAUCUCCUUCGCAAACAAAGUGCAAUUCAAAUAGGAAAAGAAAAAUGGUUUUACAUUUGCUCUCUUAGUCGUGACACUAUCGUUUACAAAGGUCAAUUGGCUCCUGUUCAGGUAUAUAACUACUUUUUAGACUUAAAUAAUGCAGAAUAUACUGCACAUUUUGCUCUUGUACAUUCUCGCUUCUCCACAAACACUUUCCCCUCAUGGGACCGUGCUCAACCCAUGCGUUUAGCUGCCCACAACGGCGAAAUUAAUACUUUAAGAGGUAAUAAAAACUGGAUGCGUGCUCGUGAAGGUUUGCUAAAAUCUUCUAAAUUUGGCGAUCAGUUGUCAUCUUUGUUGCCGGUAAUAGAACGCGGCGGUUCCGAUUCUGCAGCUUUUGACAAUGUUUUGGAAUUACUUUGCGUUAAUGGUACGGUUUCUUUACCCGAAGCUAUUAUGAUGUUGAUUCCGGAAGCUUGGCAGAAUGACAAUAGUCUCACCGACGAAAAAGCUGCUUUUUACGAAUGGGCCGCUUGUCAAAUGGAGCCCUGGGACGGACCUGCUUUGUUUAUAUUCGCCGACGGUCGUUAUUGCGGUGCUAAUCUUGAUCGUAAUGGUUUACGUCCUUGCCGUUAUUAUUUGACUUCUGACGAUAUGAUGAUUUGUGCCUCAGAAGUAGGAACUGUUGGUAUUGAGCCUGAAAAGGUAGUGCAAAAGGGACGCCUUUGUCCAGGUCGCAUGCUUUUAGUCGAUACCAAAGAAGGCCGUAUUGUAGAUGAUAAAGAACUCAAACAUAAUAUAGCAAAUCGUUAUGAUUUCCGUAGUUGGAUUGAUCAAGAGCUAUUGGAUAUGAAUAACAUCGUAGAUACUUUGGUUGGAGAUAGCAACAUCGAUCUCACUACCAAUAUAAAUAGUGAUGCUCUUGGCGAUGACAAGCAGCUCUUGGCUUUCGGCUAUAAUUUGGAGCAAAUCAACAUGGUCAUCGCACCCAUGGCCAAUGACGGUAAAGAAACUCUUGGCAGUAUGGGUAAUGAUGCGGCCAUUGCAUGCCUUUCUAGUGAGCCUCGUCUCCUUUAUGAAUAUUUCCGAGAAUUGUUUGCUCAGGUUACCAAUCCUCCGAUUGACCCAAUCCGUGAAGCUAUUGUUAUGAGCUUACAGUGUUACAUUGGUCCAAGCGGUAAUCUUCUUGAAAUUGAUCCUUCUCAGUGCCGCCGCUUGCGCCUUCCUACUCCGAUCCUUACUUUGGAAGAGCUAAAUGCUAUGAAAAAUGUUACUUACCUACAUCCUGACUGGAAGGUUGCGUCCGUUGAUAUUACUUUUGGUAAAAGUGAAGGUCCCAGAGGAUAUAGUGCUGCUCUUGAUCGUAUUUGUGCUAGGGUUGUCGAUGCUAUUGAAAAUGAUUAUAAGAUUGUCAUUCUUUCCGAUAGAGAUGCAAAUUCUGAACGGGUCCCAUUAUCAUCUGUUGCUGCUUGCGGUGCUGUUCAUCACUUUUUAGUUCAUCGAAAAUUACGUUCACGCAUCGCUCUUAUCUGUGAAUCCGGUGAUGCUCGCGAAGUUCACCAUGCUUGUAUUCUUCUGGGCUAUGGUGCCGAUGCUGUUUGCCCUUAUUUAGCAAUGGAAGCUAUUAUUAAGCUCCAAAGACAGAAUGCAUUGAAGCCUGGUGUUACUGAGGCGAAAGCAAUUGAAAAUUACAAACAUGCCAUGAAUGGCGGAAUUUUGAAGGUUAUGUCCAAGAUGGGUAUUUCCACCCUUCAAUCUUACAAGGGUGCUCAAAUUUUUGAAGCUCUUGGAAUUGACGAUGAAGUUAUUGAAAGAUGUUUCAUGGGUACUGCAUCUCGUAUCCGUGGUGUUACAUUCGAGCAUAUUGCUUUGGAUGCUUUGGCUUUUCAUGAACGUGGUUAUCCUAGAAGUGAUUCCAUACUUAGUUUAGAUAUCCCUGAUAUGGGUGAAUUCAACUAUCGUGAUGGUGGUGAAGAACACGUUAACCAUCCGAAAGCAGUCGCCUCUCUUCAGGAGGCAGUUCGCAACCAAAAUGAGUCUGCAUAUGCAGAGUUUGCUAAAACUCAUUAUGAACAAACUAGGAAAUGUACUCUUCGAGGAAUGCUUGAUUUUGAUGUCGAUCCAUCUCAGUCUAUUCCCAUAGAGCAAGUUGAACCAUGGACAGAAAUUGUUCGUCGUUUCUGUACUGGCGCUAUGUCUUAUGGUUCUAUUAGUAUGGAGUCCCAUUCCACGUUGGCUAUUGCCAUGAACCGUAUAGGCGGUAAAUCUAAUACUGGUGAAGGCGGAGAAGAUCCUGCUAGAAGCCAGCGAUUAACCAACGGCGACACUAUGCGUUCUGCUAUAAAACAAAUAGCAUCUGGUCGUUUUGGCGUUACUUCUUACUACUUGAGUGAUUCUGAUGAGCUUCAAAUUAAAAUGGCACAGGGUGCCAAACCGGGUGAAGGUGGUGAGCUUCCCGGUAAUAAAGUCAGUGAGUCUAUCGCUAAAACCCGUCACUCUACCGCCGGUGUCGGUUUAAUCUCUCCUCCUCCUCACCAUGAUAUUUACUCAAUUGAGGAUUUAAAGCAGCUUAUUUACGAUUUGAAAUGUGCCAAUCCUCGUGCUCGUGUUUCUGUUAAAUUGGUUUCUGAAGUCGGUGUUGGUAUUGUGGCUUCAGGCGUAGCCAAGGCUAAAGCUGAUCACAUUGUUGUGUCGGGUCAUGAUGGCGGCACAGGUGCUUCUCGUUGGACUGGUAUUAAAUAUGCUGGCUUACCAUGGGAACUUGGUGUUGCCGAAACACAUCAAACUUUGGUACUAAACGAUCUUCGUGGUAGAGUCGUUAUUCAAACAGAUGGUCAAAUUAAAACUGGUCGCGAUGUUGCCAUUGCUUGUCUACUUGGAGCUGAAGAGUGGGGAUUUGCAACCACUCCGCUUAUUGCUUUAGGCUGCAUUAUGAUGCGAAAAUGUCAUCUCAAUACUUGUCCUGUUGGUAUUGCAACUCAAGAUCCUGAAUUACGUAAAAAAUUUGAAGGACAGCCCGAACACGUCGUCAACUUCUUUUACUAUGUUGCAGAAGAGCUUCGGGGAAUUAUGGCUAAGCUCGGCUUCCGCACCAUUAAUGAAAUGGUAGGCCGCUCUGAUAAGCUGAAGGUUGCUGAACCCAUUAAUGCCAAGUCCAAGCUGCUUGACUUGUCUCCUCUAUUGACUCCUGCCUUUACUCUCCGACCCGGUGCUGCCACAUACAAUAUCCGUAAGCAAGAUCAUAGACUUUAUACGAGGUUAGAUAAUAAGUUGAUCGAUGAAGCUGAACCUAGUUUGGAAGACGGUAUACCUUCUGUUGUGGAGUGCGAAAUAAUAAACACAGAUCGUACCUUGGGAGCAACUCUUUCGAACAGAAUUAGCAAGCGUUAUGGUGAAGAGGGUUUGCCAGCGGACUCUAUUUGUGUGAAAGUCUUUGGCUCUGCUGGCCAAUCUUUUGGUGCUUUCUUGGCUCCAGGUGUUACCUUACAAUUAGAAGGUGAUUGCAACGAUUAUGUCGGUAAAGGCUUGUCUGGUGGCCGUCUAAUUAUUCUUCCACCCAAAGCCUCCUCAUUUAAACCUGAAGAAAACGUUAUUGUUGGAAACGUUUGUCUGUACGGUGCAACUUCUGGUCAGGUGUUUAUCUCUGGUGUUGCUGCUGAAAGAUUUGCCGUCCGUAAUUCUGGUGUUGUUACUGUCGUUGAAGGUGUCGGUGAUCAUGGCUGUGAAUAUAUGACCGGUGGUCGUGUUGUCAUCCUUGGUAACACUGGUCGAAAUUUUGCUGCUGGUAUGUCUGGUGGUAUUGCUUACGUCUAUGACAAUCAUACAGAUUUUUCUAAAAAGGUUAAUAUGGAAAUGGUAGAACUUACUACCGUAUCUGAUGCUGCUGAAAUUGCAUACUUGAGGGGCCUUAUUCAGGAUCAUCGUCAUUUGACUGGUUCCCAGGUGGCUGAUCGCGUUUUGAGUGAUUUUCCUCGAAAUUUGAAUAGAUUUGUUAAGGUCCUACCUAGGGAAUAUAAAGCAGUCCUGGAGCGUGAGGCCGCUAAGAAAGAGGAAGCUAAGCGUCUUCAAUAUCCCAAGGCUUUUAUGCCCGGUAAUCGUAUCCGCCAGCAGUUAGAGGAAUCAAAUCGUGGUGCAGCGAUUACUGACGUUGAGGAUACUUUGGGUGCACCUGUGAAAAAGAGCCCUCCUCUCGACAAGUUGCGUGGGUUCAUGAAGUAUCAACGCCGGAGUGAACAUUACCGUAAUCCACAUAAACGUACCAACGAUUGGAAAGAACUCUCUGUUCGUCUUAAGGAAGACGAGCUUCGUCUUCAAACAGCUAGAUGUAUGGAUUGUGGUACCCCAUUCUGUCAAUCUGAUUACGGUUGUCCGGUUUCCAACAAGAUUUUCACGUGGAAUGAUUUAGUGUUCAAAAAACAAUGGAAGGAAGCCCUCGUUCAAUUACUUAUGACUAAUAACUUCCCCGAGUUUACUGGCCGAGUAUGCCCCGCUCCAUGUGAGGGUUCUUGUGUUUUGGGUAUAAUUGAGUCUCCCGUAGGUAUCAAGAGUGUCGAGCGUGCCAUUAUUGAUAAAGCAUGGGAGGAAGGUUGGAUUAAGCCCCAACCUCCUGCUAACCGUUCAAACAAACGUGUCGCAGUAAUCGGUUCAGGUCCUGCCGGUCUUGCAGCUGCCGAUCAAUUAAAUCAUGCUGGUCAUAACGUUGUUAUAUAUGAACGUGCUGAUCGUCCUGGUGGCUUGUUACAAUAUGGUAUUCCGAAUAUGAAAUUGGAUAAGUUCGUAGUGGACCGUCGCAUUCAGUUAAUGGUUGAUGAAGGAGUCGAAAUAAUGACUAAUGUGGAGAUUGGUAGUCCACAUGGUGUAUCUUUAGAAGAAUUACAAAGUACUUACGAUGCUGUAGUACUCGCUACAGGAUCCACAAUUCCUCGUGACCUUGCUAUUCCCAACCGAGAUGCCAAGGGUAUUCAUUUUGCUAUGGAAUUCCUUCACAAGAACACCAAGAGUUUGCUAGACAGUAAGCUUGAAGAUGGAGAAUAUAUUAGCGCCAAGGGCAAGGAUGUUAUCGUUAUUGGCGGUGGUGAUACUGGUAAUGAUUGCUUAGGUACAAGCGUUCGCCAUGGCGCUAAAAGCAUUCGCAAUUUGGAACUACUUCCGAUUCCUCCUCGUGAACGUGCAUUUGAUAAUCCCUGGCCACAAUAUCCUCGGGUUUUCCGUGUUGAUUAUGGACAUGCUGAAGUUCAAGCUCAUUAUGGCCAAGACUUCCGUGAAUACUCAAUUUUGACUAAGAACUUUGAAAAAGAUGAUGAUGGAAACGUCACUGGUAUCCACACUGUUCGUAUUGAGUGGACAAAGAACAGCAAAGGCCGCUGGAUUAUGAAGGAAGUAAGAAAUUCUGAAGAAUUUUUCCCAGCUGACUUGGUUAUUCUCGCUUUGGGUUUCUUAGGUCCUGAAGAACAGGCUACAGCAAGCAUGGAUAUUCGCAGAGAUGCUCGUUCCAAUAUCAGCACACCUCAUAAGUCUUAUCAAACUAGUGUUCCUAAUGUUUACGCUUGUGGUGACUGUCGUCGUGGCCAGAGUUUGGUUGUUUGGGGAAUACAAGAAGGACGUCAAUGCGCGAGAGAAAUUGAUCUGCAAUUGUCUAGUAAAUCCUACCUUCCAGCUGACGGUGGUGUUGUUAAACGUAACGUAGCCAUCUAAAUAUUGGUUCAAUGAAAGCUUCAAGAUUUGGAUAUUGCAAGCUGCUGGUCGGGCUCUGCAAAAGACCACAUAAAUUACCGUGUUACUAUGUGUGUUGGAUAUUUUACAAUGGGGAUCUAUGGACAUGAAAUGAAUAAUUCACUCCGGGAUUCGAUGUAAUUAAUUAUUUUUGCAUUAAAUGAUAAACAGAAUUUGUUUUAUAUAUAUAACUAAUAUUCUAAUUUGAAAGAAUUAAUAAUAUAUAUACAUUAAUUUAA